AACUGGUUCCUACAGAUGAUCACUACAGAGGGCCCGUAUGGGAUUUUUGCCGGAAGGGAUGCAUCCAGAGGCCUAGCCACCUUCUGUCUAGAUAAAGAAGCUCUCAAAGAUGAAUAUGAUGACCUAUCUGACCUUGAUGCUACACAGCAAGAAACCUUGAAAGACUGGGAAUCACAGUUCACUUUUAAGUAUCCCUGCGUUGGCAAGCUACUGAAGGAAGGAGAAGAACCCACUGUGUACUCGGAUGAAGAAGAAACAACAGAUGCAAAAGAAGAAAAAAAGAAAGACUAGAGAAUGCAGUGAGGAACAAUUUAUUUUUGUAUCUUAAAGGACCAUUUGUAACAUUCCAGUUCUGUUUUAUGAGUUGCAGUCUCAACAAUACACAGAUGAGGUACAGACUUGCAAUGAAUUCAUUUUCCUUGGAAACACUUUCUUAUCUAAAUUAACUGGUAACCCAGAAACUGCUUCCACAAAAUCUGUAUAAUAAGAACAUGCUUUAUACUCCAAAAGCACCUGAGCAAAAUUGAGCUGCAACUUUUAACUAGAAAGUUGGUGCUGUUUUUUUCUAACACUAUUAGUACCAAGUAGGUGAAAAUCCAGGCACUUUUUGUUUAAUGUCCAGGGCUUCAAGCCUACGAAGACAAAAGCAAUUGUGCUUGAUUUAGCAUUUGUAGGAUCCGAACCAUAGUAGAAUUUCUUUAAAGCAGGAAUCAUGUAUUUUGGUUUCCAGUAAUGCAUCAUAUAAGUCUAUGAUGCUAUAUAAAUAAUCAGUUUAAUGGUGAUGUUGAGUUGAUAUUGUUCUUGCCUAUUAAUUUUAAUGUCAGAUAAGACUGACAUUUUAGAGAAACACACGUGCCCUUGAGUGAAGCUGACUAGCUUAAAAUUCGGGACUCAACCACUUGGCAAAAAACUUGCCACAGCCACAUAUCUGGAUUAAUGUUUUCUGUUGUUUUUACUUUUAAAACACAUCUGAAGUGUUACAAAGGUUUAGGUAUCGGUUAUCAAAUGGACACCGAGAAAGGGUAAACCUCAGAGCAUGACUACUAUUCAUUCACCUUUUAUUAGCAAAACUCUUCAUGGACUGAAUCCAACAGUCCAUCCAAAAGAUGUGAAAUUGAGGCUGUGGGGAAAAGCCAACUGCUGCUGACUCUUAGGCCUUCUGUAAACCGCAGAAGAUUUGCUGGCCUAGCUCUAUCAGCAUCCCUCAUACUGCAGAUGCAGAUUUCACUAGUGAGAGAGCACGUCUCCUAGUAUUGCUUGUAUCAGUUUCCCAAACAAAAUGAGCUAUACCAACACAAUCAACUUCUUGCUGGUGUAAGCAUGUCUGCUCUUGGGCUUUGUUACCCCCUAACAAAUAGGGUAACAAAAUAUAAACUAAGUGAAAUCACACUGCAUCUGGCAAAGGGUGCUAGUGUAACCCAAGCCUUUGAAAUACUUUUAGCUUGUUGCUUCAUCUCAUAGCUCAUUUGCAUACCUGAUUAACAGGAUUCUUUGUAUCAAGUAACUAAUCCACA